AUGACUAGCCUUCAGCUCACGUUGGAGGAUAUUCCCUCGUUGGAGGGUAAGGUGGUGGUCCUUACAGGAGGUGCGUCUGGCAUUGGCCUGGCAGCUAGUCGGAUCUUUGCGCACAAGGGAGCACAAGUCCACAUUCUGGAUAUUGUGCCCAUAGACGAGAGUUUCGACAUAUUUGAAACCCCCGGUCGGCCGAAUAGUCACUCUCCGCAGCUGACUCCGACUUCUGCCGGUUCCAUCCAGUUUAGGCAAUGCGAUAUUACCGACUGGAACUGUCUCCGAGACGUAUUACUUUCCUUCGAGCACAUUGACAUUGUUGUCGCCAAUUCAGGCGUAUCUCAGGAUCCAGACUACUUCAACGACGUCCUGGAUGAGGACGGCCAACUUAAAGAACCGGAUCAUCGCGUUGUCGACGUCAACUUUCGCUCCGUGUUGAACCUGACGAAACUCGCUCUCCGUCAAUUCCUGAACCAGGAACCGGGGAGCAGCCUUGUCAUCACCGCGAGUAGCACUGCGUAUUCGCCGGAGCAGAGCCUACCAGUUUACAGCGCCACUAAAUCUGCCCUCAUUGGUCUAAUCAGAGGUAUCCGUCCCAUGGCGGAAGUCUACGGGGCCACUAUCAACGGAGUGGCGCCAGCUGCUACAAUAUCCAAGCUCUUGCCAGGGAAUCUCGCCGCGCCCAUCAAGGCUGCGGGAGCACCCAUUAGCAGCGCAUUCCAUGUCGGCCUCGCGGUAGCAUAUGCGGCUGUUGCGCGGCAGGCUCGCUCCGUCGAACUGUACGGCAGGGAUGAUCCCGCAAAGGUAACAUCGCCUGGCCGGUGGAACGGGCGGGUAAUCGUGACUCUGGGCGACAGGUGGACUGAGGUGGAGGAGUCGAUUGCAGCGGCGCGGUCGCAGUGGUUUGGGGAUUAUAACACGGAAAAGACUGCACUGCAACAAAAGUUGACCGAUCUGCGCAAGAUGUAG